AUGAUGAUCUCCCUUACGAAAAGGUUUACCAAGUUGGCAAUCUUUGGAAGUUUAUCUUUCAUACUUACUACAGCAGGAUUAUGGCUGUACUGGGAUGCCAUCCAGUAUAUGAUGACAUCUGGCAAAAUUCCAACUUUAGACUUUCAAUUCGAAGACUUUAUGAAUAGACAUGAUGAUAUUGUUGAUGAUAUGAUGAAGAAAUAUGACAAAAUCAUGAAAGCGGAGGUCAAAGAACCUAAUGUUGGCAAUUUGGUUUAUGCACCAGAAAGUCUGGUUGAUUAUGGACGUGAGAAUGCCACAUUGCUAAUGUUGGUUAGAAACAAAGAACUCAGGACUGCUCUACAGGCAAUUGAAACGGUGGAAAGCCAAUUUAAUCACAAAUUUCAGUAUCCAUACGUUUUUUUGAAUGAUAAAGAAUUUACUGACAAGUUCAAAAGCACCAUAACUGAAAAAGUUUCAGGGCAAGUAUUCUUUGAAACGAUUGACAAAGUAACCUGGGACAGACCUGACUGGAUAGAUUCUGCCAAGGAGUCAGAGAGAAUUAAGGUCAUGAGAAAAUACAAUGUUGGCUACGCUGAUAAGUUGUCCUACCAUAACAUGUGUCGAUACUAUAGUCGGGGUUUUUAUAACCAUCCUAGGUUGCAACAAUUCAAAUACUACUGGAGAUUUGAACCUGGCACACAUUAUCAUACUUCCAUCGAUUAUGAUGUAUUCAAAUUUAUGUCAGCAAAUGAUAAGACGUAUGGGUUUGUUAUUAGUUUGUACGAUACAGAACGAUCGAUCGAGACAUUAUGGCCUGAGACAUUGAAGUUUAUUGAACAGAAUCCUCAAUUUGUCAACAAAAACGCUGCUUGGGACUGGUUAACAGAAAAGAAACAAAAUCCUCAAAAAACUAGAAUUGCGAAUGGCUACUCUACCUGUCAUUUCUGGUCCAACUUCGAAAUAGGCGAUAUGGACUUUUUUCGAAGUGAAGCGUACACCAAAUGGGUGAACCACCUCGAUGCAACAGGAGGAUUCUAUUACGAAAGAUGGGGAGAUGCACCAGUGCAUUCAAUAGGGGCGACUCUAUUUCAAGACAAAUCCAAAGUUCACUGGUUCCGAGAUAUCGGUUAUUACCAUGCUCCCUAUUAUCAAUGUCCCAAUAGCCCUCAGUCGGAUGGAAAAUGCGAGGUUGGCAAAUUCAGUUUCCCAAACCUCAGUGAUCAAAAUUGUCUGAUCAAUUGGAUUGAAAUGGUAGCGGACAAUGAACUAAGCAUGUAUUAA